GCCAAGUCGAUGCUGCUUGGACUGAUAACUGCCGCCACUGGGUGAGGUAAAGCACCACCUCAGUGUCUGCUGCCACCCACCAGAUCCUGGUCAAUCCUCACCGUGCACAAACGUUAAGACACGGCGCCCGUUGGAAAGGCAGCUCUAGUCUCUUUAACCUGAAGGACAGCCAACAGCACCAGGAGUUCCUCAGACAGGAUGGGCCUCCUGCUACUGCUCACCUCUACUCUCCUGUUCAGCUGGAUAUCUUUGAAUACAGCUGUGAAAAUAACCUCCGUGCAGUUGACCAUCGAGCCCAGUGAUAAUGUGAGUCGAAGCUCCACGGUGACUUUUAGAUGCAAAGCCACGGUUCUCACCUUUGGGAAGGCUACAGUGAAUCCUGUGUAUGAGAUAUACAGAGGUGACCAUGUUAUCCACGAGGAGACAACCAGCUCCUCCGAUGAAUUUAUCUGGCAACUUCAUGAUGUCAGAGUCUCCAACAGUGGCAAAUAUAAGUGCAACAUAAGCAUUUCUGACCAGGAGAUGGCCAGUGAAUCUGCAACACUAAAAGUGACAGGAAUGUCGACGCCCAUUCUUCACCUUGACAAAACUAAUGUGACUGAAGGAGAAUAUGUGACGGCCACAUGUUCAGCACCGGAUGAAACCGGAGACCUUAAAUAUAACUUCUUCAAAGAUUCAAAAGACUUACAGACUUGGACAAGCUCUAAUAAAGAAACGUUCAUCCUGAAAGACGUUGGGAAACACAUUAUUGAGUGCUCCUACAUUGUCUCCAUCAUGCCUGAUUUAUAUCCGUCCGACCAAAGCAAUGCUGUCACUGUUACAGUGAAAGAACUUUCCCUCACACCAGUCCUGAAGAUUUCCCCUCAGGAUAACAUCUAUGAAGGUGACACUCUCAACAUCACCUGCUCGGUUAACAGUUCCUUUAAGGACUACCCUGGUGUAGAGCUCUUCCUGAGUCAGGGCACAGAACUGAUCAAGAGAGGAAACACAUUCCUCCAUGUUAGCUGGACUACACCUUCAGGAGCCCCAGAGCUUACCAUCAAAUGCAGCAUCUUUGUCAAUACAGUAGAGAAAAGGGACAACAAGACGCUUUCAGUAAACGAGCUGUUCUCUGUGCCCACCCUGAGGAUGUCACCUUUGGAAGUCUUUCAAGGGGAUUCAAUCCAGCUUAUCUGCAGUAGCAAGACAUUUUCACACAACAGACGUAAAAUAGAGCCGGUUUACAGUCUAAAGCCUUCAGAUCACUACAUGACUAUACAACAGAAUGGAGUAUUUAUUGGCAAUGCCAAAACAACAGAUUUUAACUAUACGUGUACAGCUUCUGCAAAGGGAAUCAACAAGACCAGUAAUGUGCUGACUAUUGGUCCUAAAGUUCCCGUCUCUGCACCAGACAUUAAAGUCUCUGGCAAUGCAAUCCUUCGGAAGAAUGCUGAAAUCUUGUGUCAGUCGGAAACAGGCACCCCGCCGAUUAACUACACCCUCUGGAGGGCUAAAGAAAAAAAACAAAUGGCUAUAGUUCAGGAGUUCAGUAAACCUGCUAAUUUUACAGUGUUCAUCAGUGAGCCUGGAGAACUAGAUGAGUAUGUCUGCAGUGCCAGUAAUGGUGACAGGGAGCCUCGGUAUAGUGCCAAACUCCACGCCGCUGUCAUUGAGCCUAUGACCGAAGCACAUCUGAUGGUUGUUCCAAUAUCAGGCGACAUCUCAGAGGGAAAUUCGAUCACCCUGAUUUGUUCUUUCAGAGGCACACCGCCUGUAACGGUUUGGUGGUUCAGGGAAGGCCAUUCAAAGCCGCUGCAAGACGCAACUACAAAUAUCAACACCACAGACUACCCUUUUACUCUGUCUAAAGAGCACAGCGACAAAUACUACUGCAAAGCUGAGAACCGUGCCAGCUCUGUUGAAAGUAACAGAGUAGAUUUAGUAGUGGGCAUGGCCAUGUGGAAGAAGUUGCUGAUUCCUGGGAUCAUAAUACUGGGGGUGUCCUCACUGGUGAUGGUGGGCUUUGUGCUGUUCAUCAGAUCCAGGAGAGGAAAAAGAGACACAGCUGCUGAACUGUCAGUAAAGCCUGCGAGCCCUAAAUCAGAGGACUCUUUAGCAGUGACUCUAACCCACGACACAGAGGUUUAUAAUGCAGCCACAGACGCAGCAUUGUUCUAUGAUGACAAGGAGGGGAGAGUGACCAAUGGGACACGAACUAGCGUUGUAUCGCUUCCUGCAGACAUCAGCGACAGGAGCAGCUACAGUAUCCCAGCAACAGUGUAGAGACAGCACAUACUGUCAUUAAGGAAAAACAAACUCUGAACGACUUUUGAGGCAAACACAAGAGACAGCAACCUUGUUUAUAAUGAAAGAUUUGGACUCUUUCUUUUUUUUCUUUUCUGUUUUUUUAUCUCAAAACAAGAAACAACCAGGGCCCACUGCUCCCUCUCCCCUCCUCAUGCAGUCUUUAUCCUUACAAUCUGUUGUGCGCUUUGGUUUCCGUGUUCGGUGGGAUGCCAUGCUUAUUUCUUGUUUCAUACGUUCAUCUAAUCUGCAUAAAGUGAACCUGAUAAGACUGAUCUGUACAUACUGUCACAGGAAAUGUGUGUAUAUAAUUUGGGUUGAUCAUUGGCUGAUGAUUGAGAACAGCUCUGUAGAAUAAAGGUGUUUGUUUUAUUUAGAGGUG